AUGUCCCACUCCAACCAUUCGAGCGCCUCUUUCUUUCUGACCGGCCUCCCUGGCCUCGAGGCCGUGUAUGUCUGGCUCUCCAUUCCUCUGUGCGUCAUGUACGCCGCCUCUCUGGCAGGCAACUUCUUGAUGCUGUGGGUUGUGAGGUCAGAGCCCUCCCUGCACCAGCCUAUGUACUUCUUUCUGUCCAUGCUGGCCGUGACUGACCUGGGCCUGUCUGCCUCCACACUGCCCAGCAUGCUCGCCAUCUACAUGUUGGGUGUUAGGGAGGUGGCCUUAGAUGUGUGCCUGGCCCAGCUCUUCUUCAUCCACACGUUCUCCAUCAUGGAGUCGUCUGUGCUGCUGACCAUGGCCUUUGACCGUUUUGUGGCCAUCAGCAGUCCCCUACACUAUGGCGCCAUCCUCACCAACGCUCGGAUCGCCAGCUUGGGCCUGGCCAUUGUGGUCCGCAGCAUUGGCCUCCACAUCCCUGCCCCCAUCAUGCUGAAGAGGCUGCCUUACUGCCAGAGGGACCAGCUUUCCCACUCUUACUGCCUGCACCCGGAUGUUAUGAAGCUGGCCUGUACUGACACCCACAUCAACAGCGCCUAUGGCCUUUUUGUGGUCCUCUCUACCCUGGGUGUGGACUCGGUACUCAUUGUUCUCUCCUACGGGCUGAUCCUCCACACAGUGUUGUCAAUUGCCUCCAAGACCGAGCGCCUCAGAGCCCUCAACACUUGUGUCUCCCACAUCUGUUCUGUGCUGCUCUUCUACACACCUAUGAUCGGCCUUUCCAUGAUCCACCGGUUUGGCAAGAGGGCUUCUCCAUGCAGCCGUGUGCUGCUCUCCUAUCUUCACUUUCUCACUCCUCCAGUGCUCAACCCAGUCGUUUAUACCAUAAAGACCAACCAGAUCCGACUGAGGAUUCUGCGCAUCUUCCGGUCUGGUGGAGGAAGCAUUGGGCAUAUCAGGGGUCACUAA